AUGAAAUCCCUUUUAAUCUUCUUUUUAUUUACUCUCAUUGGUAGUAAUAUUUUUUCUAAUGUUCCAUUGACUUUACUUGUUCUUGAACAAGUUCCACCGAUAGGUAAUCAUCUUAAUCUGGUUUUAUAUCUUGCUUUCAUCACUACAGUUGCUGGUAAUCUAACUCUUUUUGGUAGUGUGGCUAAUUUAAUUGUUGCUCAACAAGCUUUGUUAAGUUCGCUUAAACAUCAAUUCGGUUUUUGGACUUAUUUCAAAUAUGGUUUUCCUACUACGAUUUUAUUUAGUCUUGUUGGAACAUUUAUCAUUUAUGGUCUACUUCAAGUUAUUUAG